GGUAAGCCACUCAAUGUCAGAAAUUAACUUGCCUCAUGCAGAAAAUUGCAAGAGUCAAGUGACAGAUGAUGAUAGAGAGGAAAGUGAAAUUGAAACAGAUGACAACAUAGUCAAAUCUCUUUUAUCAGAAAUGGUGGAAAAGAUUGCACAGCAGGUUACCAGGGAAACUAAAAACCUAUACACAAAAAAAGAACUUCCAAGAUAACGAAGGUUAUUUGAAGAAUGCCUUGAUGAAAGAAAAAAACGAAAACUGGAAGAAAAGAUGACCUUACACAGUGUUAAAUUGGCUUGUAAUGAAAAGUGUAGGUUAAAAUGUCCAAAAACUUUCAAUGUUGAAAAGCAAGAACAAAUUAAUACAGAAUUUUGGCAAAUGAAUAAUAAUGAACAAAGAACUUUUGUAUAUGGUUGUAUAAAACGAUUUGCAAAACAAAGUAAAAGAGUGGCUAAUAACUCAAGGAGAGAAAAUAGUUUCAAGUAUGUUCUAAAAGAUUUGAAUGGCACAGAAAAUUAUGUUUGCAACUUUGGGGUUCCACCCAGCAAAUGAUAGGUUUUUAAAAUCUGUUAGGGACACUGAACCUACAGCUGCUUUGCCAAGAAAGGAUAUGCGUGGUCGCCAUCCUAACUCUGCAAAAGUUGACAGAAAUUUGCUUGUAGACCACAUUAAAACAUUUCAACCAGUUGUUUCGCAUUAUAGAAGAGAGCAUGCCCCUAACCGGCUCUAUUUGUCAAGUGACAUUUCAGUUACUUUGAUGUAUAAGGAUUUCGUAGAAAAGAAUCCAAUGGUUAAAGCGUCUUAUGAGUUGUAUAGGCAGGCGGUCGCCCGCAUGAAUAUUUCAUUUGCUAAUUUAGGAAACGAGGAAUGCUUUGAGUGUGAGAAAUUUAACUUACAUUUAAAAAGUUCGCUACACAAGAAAGAAGAUCCAAGUAUUGACUGUGAAGAAUGUGGGGUAUGGAAAGGGCACAAAGAAAACUAUGUCGCUGCCAGAGAGGAAUAUGAAAAAGAUAAGAAGGAAAGAGAACUCGAGAAAUUAAUUGUUUCCGCUGACUUGCAAAAGGUGACAAUGCUACCACGGGCCGAAAUGUGUUGUGAAAUGGAAGUGAUAUUCACUCCAAGGCUGAUUGCUUUUAAUGAGUCAGUUGUUCCAGUUGGUGCAUAUUCAAAAGCUAUCAAACCAAUGGCAGUUAUUUGGCACGAAGCCAUAAGAGGCUAUUGGGGACAAUUAUGCGGCUCAAAAUAAGAAUUGGUCGCUUUUAUCUUUUUUUAUUUUUAUUGUAAAUUGUGCUGAUGUUGAUCUAAAGAUUUUGGAUGUAAAAUAUUUUCAGUCCGGUCAUACAUUCAUGUCGGCAGACGCCUUUUAUCACCAAGUGGAACUUAGUUUAAAGAUGGCGCGAAAAGUUUUUGAUUUUAACGACUUUAAAUUAGCUUUUCAAAAUUCAAACUCAUCAAAAGUCAUAAUAAAGGAAAUGGAAAUAAAAGAUUUUUAUGAAUGGAAAGAUUAUUCUUCUAAAUUUAAAUUACAAAAAAUUACCCCUAAACCAUAUCUUUAAGGUAUGGUUUAAACUUCAUUUCUGAAGUUUAGCAUUUAAACUUCAGAAGGGGUAAAAAUGUGGUUAUAAGAACGGGUUUUCCGAAGAGUUUAAAUUGUUAAAUUUUUUAUUAGCCAAAGAACAAAAAGAAGGAAUUAAAAAACCGCCUUUUAUAACUAAACAGAGAGGUAUCUCUUUAGAGCGCAAAAAAAAUCUUAUAUCGAAACUUCAAGCUAUCAUUCCAAAGAAUCGCUUAAA